AUGCGUGCGUCGCUCAAGGUGGACACGAGCGGGAGGGGCAGUGCCACGCCGUCCAAGCAAAGGCGGCGCUCCACAAUGCAUAACAGCAGCAGCAACAAAGACUCGUCGAAUGGCGCGGGCGACGGUGGAGGGGGCGGCAGAGAGGAUAGCUCCAUGGAGGCCCUCGAGGCCCAGCGCUACCUGCAGACCACCCUCCCGCGCUUCCUGGAGAACAUCGACGACGCCUACAAGGUGCCCUUCAACUUCAAGCUCGGGGAGGGUAACGUGGUGGAGAAGGAGGAGACGGCGAUGCUGGUGCCCCUGGGGAGCUUCAACCCGGUGCCCAAGAUCCUGAGCGCCAUUCAGUCCGAUGACCUGGAGGACGAACGCGCGGCUCUCCGGUCCGACUGCGACAGCAUGGACCAGGCCAUGCAGAUCAUCGUCGACGGUACGGACCUCCGCCUCGAGAAGGCCCUUCUCCCGUACUACAACGGGUUUAACAAGUCGCUGGCCAGCUAUGGGCACAUCCUGCGGCACAUCUCCACCUCCAAGGAGUCGGUGCGGCUGCUCAAGGCGCAGCUGGCCGACAUCAAGACCAGCCUCAACAUCCGCAACAAGGCACGUCACGCCGCACGCGGUUUCGGUAGUGGUGGCUGGUGGCUGGAAUUGCGUAAGCUGUGGCUGCGAAAGGCCGAGUACAGCGAAACGACCCGCAUCCUCGACGAAAUCGAAGAGGUGAAGGUCGGGUGGGAGCUCGUGGAGCGCCACACGCAGGCCCAGAGCUGGGUGCCGGCGGCGCGCGUGCUGAUUCGAUGCGCGCGCAUCGUCGAGCAGGACGAAAUGCGCCAGAUCGGUGCCAUCUACGACAUCCGCCUCUUUGUGCUCGACCUCUACCACAAAUUCCACACCCGGAUCAUCGAGGAGCUGCAUCAGGUCAUCUACCUCAAGCACCACGACCACCAGCAGCACCACCAGAACCAGCAGCAGGCGGCCGGAGAGGGAAUGGUGGACAGGACCGCCUCCGUGGACCUCUCCCUUUCGCGGUCGCAAGGGGACGUGCUGGCUGGCAGAGCCGAGCCGACGCGCCAGGAGCAGCCCAAGCUGACUGCCGCGCAGCUCACUCAGCGCCUGGAGUCGUUGGUGGAGAGCCUGUGCAUCGUGAAGCGGGUGAAGGAGGCCGUAGAGGCGCUCUCCUCGCGCGUGGGCACCGAAACGCGCUCCAUGAUCGACGCCGGCAUCUCCGGCAUCCUCAUCAAGCACCAGGAAAAGCGAUCCGCUCCCUCCGCCGCCGCCGCCGUGGCCUCGACCGCGUCGCACGCCCCCAACUCUCCGCUGGAGAACUUGCUGCGGGCCUUGUUCGAGGACUGCGUGAAGGUGCUCCUCAACCACAAGCGGGUGAAGGGCGAGGCGUCGGCGUACACGCUGGCGGGCGUGUGGGAGGCCAUGCAGGAGGAGCUCAUCACCCUCCUCCGCAUCUACCUCGCGGCCAGCUCGCCCUCCGCCGACAGCAACUCCAACAUCGCCGACGCUCCUCGCCGCAAGCUCUUCCGCUUUGCCGAUUCGUCGGCCGCCACGUACAACGUGACGGGCGCCAAGGAGGGCGCUUCCGCCCUCGCCGCUCUGCAGUUGCUGAGCCCGAGCCCGUACAACCUCAUCACCGUCUACCCCCUCCUACGCCGCUUCCAGGCCGACGUCCUGCGCUCUGUCCUCGAAUUCCACGAGGCCCAGGACAAUGGGCGGCUGCUGGGCUUCAUGGACGAAUUCGUGGAACAGGUCUAUCUGCCGCACGUUCGCCACCAGUACAGAACGCGGCUCAACCAGGCCGUCGAAUCCCCCGACGCGUUCAAACCGAGGGAGCGGCAGAGGGCCGCCAAUGGGGAGGUCCACAAUUGGCCUCGGUCGGUGGUCUAUUGCGUGGGCGAGCUGGCCACCAUGAUCCGUGACGCUGCCCGCGCCAUGGCCGCCCUCCCCGCCUACGCCCACCACCUUGCUCAGGUGGUGGAGGACCUGUGCCUGUCGUUCCAGCGCCGCUGUACGGUGGCGUACGAGGACGCCACGGAGAGCUCCCUAGCGGCCCGCAUCGUCUCCAAUUCCCUGGUGCCGGCCCAGUUGGCCCACGACCCCCUGUGGAACAAACUGCUCGCCGACAUCCAGGAGGAGGAGGCGCUGGCCAAGAAAGAGGGCAGAGGGCGGGACGCCCAUCGGGCAUUGGGGCGACUGUCGCCCCGCAGCAAGACGUCUCCCCGCGGUAAGAUGUCGCCCCGACGGCGGCAGGCGAGCGUGCUGGAGGCCGAGCCGGAGAGCGAGGGCGGUUGGGCCACCUACCUGUACGAGGGCGAGGACAAGUUUUGCCGCGACAAUCCCAUCGCCCGCACCGACCUCCUCCUCGACUCGGGCCGCCUCCUCCACCUGUGCCACCUCACCGAGAGCCUCGAGUGGUUGGUCGAGGAGCUGGAGUCGAUGUGCACCGAACAGCAGCACCAGCAGCAGCAGGGGGAGGCGUCCAAACGGCGCGAGGGAGUGGCCGAUGGCUGGGGCCUGCGCACGGCCAUCAACCAAUUCACGGCCAUGGCCAACCGGUGCCUGUUUGUGCUCAAGGUCGAGGUGCGGUUGCACGCGUUCUACUUCCUAGACGGGCUGCAGAAGUGCUCCUACGUGGUGGGCGACGAAACCCCCGAACCCGACGGAUGCAUCGUCGAGCUCACCAAGGACCUGGGGGCGCUGGAGAGCAUUCUGUCGCGGGUGCUGCCCGAGCACAAGGUGGCCUACGUGCUCGGCGGCCUCGAGGGCCUGGUGGCGUCGAUUGUGGUGCGCACGCUGCCCAAGGUCAAGGCCUUCAAUCCCAACGGCGUCUGGAAGAUGUGCCGGAAUGUGUUUGCGCUCGAGCAGUCUCUCUCGCAGCUGGGCUACGCGGGCAACGGGGUCGCGUUUGAGGCGGCGCGGCGCUACUACCGCCUGCUCACCCUCCCGCCCGACGAGCUCGUGGCCCACCUCCUUCGCCCUUCGUCAUCGCCGCCGGCCGCCGGUUCGCCAUCAGCAUCGUCAUCAUCGCCCGGCGACGACGCGUCAGUGGUGGCUGGCCAGGGCGGACGGGCCUACUACGCCUACACGCCGGAGGAGUACAAGGCCCUGCUGGCCCACCUCGACAAAUCCCCCGCCUACCGGCACGUCAACUUCGACGCCCUCCUCAAGACCCUGGCCGCCAAGGCGUAG